CUCCCUUCUCCUCCUUCAGUCCCUCAUCACAAAUCAUUGUGCUAUUGCCAUAACAGUUGCUUAUUCAUUACCAUCCUUCCUCUAUUUUGUUUACACUUUUCCUCCAAAACACACUUUCUCCCAUUGAACAUUGAUAACAAAAUGUGCAGCUCCAAGGCCAAAGUGACUGUAGGCAUAGAAGCCACCACCACCACAAUUAUACAUCCAGUGGCCAGAAUCAAUGGCAGGCCUGUCCUUCAACCAACUUGCAACCGUGUUCCAAGCCUUGAGAGGAGAAACUCAAUUAAGAAAGUGACACCACCAAAAUCACUUUCUCCACCAUCACUCCCACUUCCAAACAAGGCUUUAUUGACACCUCCAGUUUCUCCAAAGUCCAAGUCCCCUAGGCCUCCUGCUAUAAAGAGAGCCAGUGACAAUAAUGGGCUAAAUUCAAGUUCUGAAAAGAUUGUUGUGACACCAAGAAACUCAAUAAAGACUCCAACUUUAGAGAGGAAAAAGUCCAAGAGUUUUAAGGAAGGGUCCUGUGGUAUUGGUCCUGUAGAGGCAUCUUUCAGUUACUCUUCCUCUUUGAUCACUGACUCCCCAGGAAGCAUAGCUGCUGUGAGGAGGGAACAGGUGGCACUGCAGCAGGCACAGAGGAAAUUGAAGAUUGCCCAUUAUGGAAGAUCAAAGUCUGCAAAGUUUGAAAGAGUUGUUCCUUUUGAUCCUUCAAGCACUCUUGCAUCAAAGACAAAUGAGGAGGAGAAGAGAUGCAGCUUUAUCACAGUCAAUUCAGAUCCAAUCUAUAUAGCUUAUCAUGAUGAAGAAUGGGGAGUUCCAGUUCAUGAUGACAAGGUGUUGUUUGAACUUCUAGUUUUGAGCGGUGCUCAAGUUGGAUCUGAUUGGACCUCAACCUUGAAGAAACGCCAAGAUUUCAGGACUGCAUUUUCAGAAUUUGAUGCAGAAACUGUGGCUAACUUAACGGAUAAGCAAAUGAUGUCUAUUAGUUCAGAAUAUGGCAUUGAAAUCAGCAAAAUUCGAGGAGUCGUUGAUAAUGCUAACCAAAUUUUAAAGGUUAUGAAAGACUUUGGUUCAUUUGACAAGUACAUUUGGGGGUUUGUGAAUCACAAACCUAUCUCAACUCAAUACAAGUUUGGCCACAAGAUCCCAGUGAAGACAUCAAAAUCAGAAAGCAUUAGCAAAGACAUGGUUAGGAGAGGGUUUAGGUUCGUUGGUCCAACCGUGGUUCAUUCGUUUAUGCAGGCAGCUGGCCUCACCAAUGACCACUUAAUCACAUGCCACAGGCACUUGCAAUGCACCUUGGCAGCUCGCCCCCAUUGUAUCAUAGAGCCCUCUCCAUAGAACCAAUUUCAACUCAUAAACAAGGAGCAAGAUAAUGUUGACCCACAAGUGCUCAUCAAGACAUAAAAGUUAUGUGUGCUCAAAAGAGCAUAUGUAAUGUGCUAACUAAAUAGAGUUUAGUUUCAGCUUUUAAAUUGCGGUUAUAUUGUGAAAUUAUGGACAAAUGCAAGUUGAAGCGGCAGCAACGGUCAUGAUACCGAUGUGGGGAGUCCAAAUUCCGUUACUUUGCAAUCGCAAUUGUAGUUGCAUACCGCAAUUUAAAGUCCUGUUUUGAGUUAAUCGUUGUGUAUAAUAUUUGAUUUGAUAGGCCUAAAGGUUAAAGGUUAUGUGAGAUGUUGUGAGAAUUUUAAUUUUAGUUUGGGUGUGCUAUUGAUUGCAUAGUUCAAGAAAAAGAAAAAUAUGGUAUUAGAGAACAGUCAGCAUGAGCAUGUGCAAUUGGGAGGCAAGGGCAUGUGUGGUGUCAGCUUGCUUUUUAGUCCAUGUGACCCAUCAUCAGACUUUGCAUUAUUUGCUUUCCUUUUAACAGCCUGUGUGGGAUACUUGUUGAGGGGAGUGUAGGACCACCUUCCCCCUCUCUUAUGGGGUUGUUAUCUUCACUGUAUUCCUCUAACUUUUUGGCUUGGGUGAUAUUAUGCCCCCCAAUAUAUUUUACAGUUGGUGUGAAUGUUUCAAUGAUGAUAAACAGUGCACUUAACAGAUACUUCAUUUUCUUUCUCA